AGGCUUAGAGCCAGAGCCACGCACGUCAGGCCGAAGGCCGAAGCCAUGGGCUGCUGUGCUUCGAAUGCCAAAGUCAAGGUGCCAAAAGAAAGGCGUCGCCUGAGUGUAGCACAUGUUGACAAGUCUGGAGCACAUUUAAAUGCAGAUGGCAGCUCAGUAGACGAUGAGCUUCUCGCCUUGCUGGACCGUAAGUCAGUGAUCGACAUCGCGAGUGACGUGAAAGUAGGCGGCCCCAAGACCUUCAUGGGCUCCACCACAGAAGCUGGGCCUGGUGGAAUGACAUCCUUUUGCCAAAAGUCUCAGAAAGUGGUGGGUGACACACUGGACCUAUCCGCAAAAGGAGUUGCUUUCACCUGCCGGAAAGGCUUGAAGCCAGAAAGUCCAAAUCAAGACUCCUGGUGCUGCUUGAAGAUGGACACAUUUUCCAUCUUCGCAGUUUUCGAUGGCCAUGGGCAGAAAGGCCACGACAUCUCUGAGUUUGUAAAGGAGAGGCUUCCAAAGUUGAUCCUCUUGGACCCUAGGUCGAAAUCUCCGGAGAUCGGCGGGUGCCUGGUGGACGCCUUCAAAAGGGUUCAGAGACUUGUAGUUGCGGCUGACAAGCAGAAGGUGCUGAACGCACAGAUGUCCGGCACAACGGCGACGGUCUGUUUCAUUGACCACCUCCGUGACAAGCUCACCAUUGCUCAUGUGGCUGAUAGCACUGCUGCGGUUGGCAGCAACGUAGGUGGAAAGUGGGAGGGCACUGCGGUGACACGAGACCACAAGCCAAAUUUGAAGGGGGAACGAGAAAGGAUCGAGAAGAGUGGCGGGAAGGUUGUGUUUGAUGGCUACGCCAAUCAUCGAGUAUAUGCUAAGAAUGCGCGCUACCCUGGUCUCAACAUGUCCCGCUGCAUCGGUGACAUCUUGGGCCACACGGAGUGCGGCAUCACCUGCGAGCCGGAGAUCACAAGGAUAGACAUAGACAAGCAGAAGGAUCAGCUGCUGCUGGUGUGCAGCGAUGGGGUGUGGGAGUUUAUCACUGCUCAGGAGGCCGUCGAGAUCGUCAACUUGAAGCCUUUUGACCUCAGCGAACAAGCGGCAGCCGUCCUGGCAAAGGAAGCCUGGGACCGCUGGAUUCGAGAGGAGGGUGGAGCAGUAGUGGAUGAUAUCACAGUCGGGCUGGUGCACAUUGGCAAGGACAAGGUACGCACCGAGUGAACCUAGUGACCCUCAUCUUCCGGGGCGUGUGCCCGCUUUUUGUUUGGCACCGGCGCAUUUUAGGCACCGGACUUUGGCUGAAUGCCUUGUGCCGGACUGCCGCGUUGCCCAGUUUCACAGUGCCAGGCUCGCUCCUCACGCGCCGCUCACAAAGUGAGGUGGCCUUUUUUAGGCUUUCCAAGCGAGGCUUGGAGUUCGGAGCCAGGAUUUAAUGGUUUGCAUAUGUCUGCAUGCAUGGGUUACACCGCACCCGGGAUGGGCAUUGGCCCAGCGCUUGGGGUGGCUUUGGCUUGGCUUGCGUCAGCCUGGUGAGCAGACGCUCGCCUCUUUUCCCGAGCCGCUCCCGCG